AUGGUAGUGAUUCCGUUCGUUUUCGUCUUGAUUUUUAUAUGGUUUGGUAAAAUUGAUUACAGAACAUUAGUUUUAAACUCUAUUAUUUCAACAGCUACAAAUACAAAGGAUUUCGAAUUAUCUGUGCAAACGUUUCGACGACGAAAAUGCACCGGUUCACCUGCUAUUCGUUCAAAUGUAAGCUGUAAACAAGUAAUAACAGAUUUCAGACCCUAUCUAGUUAUUCCUAUUCAUCGAGGUCAUUUUGGUGACGCCUCCCGUUUCUUUCAAACAUUCAUCGCGAAUGUUGUUGAUUUGGAACGCAUUGAUAUUCAAGUUAUUUUAUCAGAUGAUCAAGAGGCUCGAGAUUUUAUGGCUCGUCUACAACAAGAUAAUGUUCUGUUCGAAAAAAUCAAUAUACAUUUCUGGUCUUUCCCAAGGCUUUUACAAAGCUUUGGAAUUAAACUCUAUCAAGACUGGGGUGUGUUUUCUCAUAAAUUACCUUAUUUGUCACUCAAAAAGUUGGCUGCAUUAUAUGUUUCAAAACAAUGGCAAUAUGCAUUGAUUCUAGAUUGUGAAGUAGUUAUUCGUAGAAAGACUAACUUUACUGAAGUAUUUCUUGAUUUUUUCAUUUCUCCUUACAUGUUUUAUGAAAAUGCAACUAUACAUAGAUGGAUGACAGACGGUAGUCGAACAGCUGUGCGAAUACCUGAUUCAGUUCUACCAUCUAGAGAUACUUUUGUUGGACAAUAUCAUGGUUGGUUUCUUGAAAGAAGUAUUUUUGAUAAAUUUAUGAAUCAUGUGCUCUACAAUUCUACUGAUUUAUUACGUUGGGCACAUUCUGUUCCUCACUUCUCCAAUGAACAUAUGUACUCUUAUUGGCUUCUCUGGAAUCGAAAUGGAAUGGCUUCGCACUAUACGUUCAUUGAUAUUCCUGAACUACUCAAAACGUUUUUAUCCGCAGAACUAAUGAAACGAUUUUAUCCAGCUUGGAAUACUCGUCAUGCACCGCAAGGAACAUUUGAGUGUAUCUACUGUUGGGCUACACCUGAGAUUGUUGAUUUACUAAAUCCUUUUUUCAUGGCUUACAAAUUAACCUUCUAUGAUUAUCAUGCCGAUCAUUCAAAUAAAGUGGGUGAUUGCACGUUAAUCCGUCUGCUAAAUACUGUACCCACCAUGGGAAUACAGGUUACAUCUCAAUGGGAUGCAAAGGGCACUUGGGAUCAGUUGGAAUGUAGCAAGGUUUAUCGAGGAGCAUCUUGA